AUGAAUGCCAUGGCUGAGGAUGUCGCCUCGUCGGACGACCCUAAGAAACACAAUGGCUCAGUGUGCUUCAAUGAAAGCAAACACGAUCAGAGCAUCUGGAAUGAUGCCAUAUCUCGUUCUGGUCUUGAUAGUGCGCAGAUAUUCAUGGCCAUCAAAAAGUUGCUUCGUUGCACUGUCUGUUUGGAAUAUCACGCAGAGGCAAAUCAGUGCAAGAACGGUCAUCUGAUUUGUCGACAAUGCACGCAUCAAUUGGAACGAGGCCUACAGCAGGAGAUGAAUAGAGGCACCUGUCCAACCUGUAGAAUCGCCCUGUUUCCAGGAAUAUCACGUUGCCUUCUGGUGACCCAGUUGUCCGCUGAGUUACCAACUCCUUGCCUGUUUUGUAAACUCUACUUUCGUCAAAGUGAACUUGAGCACCACGAAACAAGUUUAUGCCCCAUGCGACCGGUGAGGUGUAAAUAUGGCAUUUUUGGUUGUUUGUGGAAAGGCAAAGCUAGGGAGUCGUCCGGACACGAGAGAAACUGCUCAACCUCUAAACGGUCGGUAAGGGAUGUGGAGGCCAUAAUUCAAGAAAAAUUUUACCAACGCUCCAAAAAGUCAAACGACAGUAGUAAUUCUUGGCACGAAUUAGUAAGCCUUUUCAAAAAACGACCACUUGGAGUCUCUGUUUACGUCCGAGAGGCCACGCUGCAUCAAGUGUUGCGUGAAAACAGGCGAAAUGAGUUUCGUUUUCAGUGCAUAACAGGUCAACUUUCCCAAACGGGCCAUUUCAAUGCCACCAUCGAACUUACGAUCAAUUUGGAUGAGCAAAAAUUUUACUACCGCAUUAAAUUGCACGCCGGAUUCACAGAAACGGUAAAAUUCCGACUCCUUACGAUACAUGGUUAUGAUUUAAUAAUUCCCACUACAGACAGGCUUCGUGUGCCAAAGUCUAAGCACUCACAUGAGUGGCAGAAGUUUCAUUGCCAUUUUAACGUCUGUGACAGCAAACUUAUGACAUUGGCCAACAGGUUUACUGAACUAGCCGCUAAAAAUGGUGCUGAAUUUGCACUUAGACUAGAGUUUUUGAUUAUUUUUGAAAAUCUACACGCCAUACGCAUGCCUCGUAGAGACUACCAUGGAUGGAAUGUUGUCGUUCCAGCAUCACCAAUAGAGUCUCAAAUUAAUGAGGAUACUUCGGAAACGCCCGCACUAGAGGGUUCGGCCAGAUUAAAUAACAACGGUCAUCAUGAGGAGGAGAAUGAAGAAGAAGAAGAAGAAGAAGAAGACAGCACAACAUCACCCCCCGUGAUGGGUAAUAAUAGAGAUCAGUUGGAGGGCUCAUGGAAUUUGAUGCCUGAUGAAUUGGACAUCCCUCCUGAAAUCACGGAGGAAUAUCGCAUUUUCAUUGACGAAGCGACUGAAGGCGUAGUUGUAGCCAUGAAUGGAGCCUCAAAUCUAGAAAUGCAUCAUGAGGAUGUGGCCAGAGUUUUGAGAUUCGAGGAAAUUCCACCUUCGGUAGACAUGAGAAAUAACAACGCACUGGGAAGGUCUGAGAGUGAUGGUAACGAACCACAAGUACUGAGGGAAAUAGAGGGAGAAAAAGUGGAAAGUGAACCUAAACCUGUAUACGAAAAUGAAUGUGAGAUAACAGAUGGUGAUGAUAGAUCAAGAAAUCGUAGAAGUGCUGGCAAUAGGCGAGUUUCUGCCGAGCCAUCACAAGUUUCGAGACCCAAACUCCGUGUUAAAAAGACUAGGAUCAAUCAACGCAAAUUAGGAAUUUCAUCGAAGAAUAAGACUAGCGCCACCAAACGAUUCGAUAUGACUUUUGAUAGACUAGCGCCAUACUUGACAAGAGGCCACAUGUGGAGGAACUUUGAAGCUAUGAGAUGUGAUGUGAAAAGAAACUAUAAGGCCAGACGAUAUUCGAAGGCUCCCAAACGUCGUAAAGUGUCACAACCUCGAAAAUCUUUAAGUAAGGACGUUGCGCUGGCAACACCAAGACUGGUUGACUACAUGCUACCUCUGCUGACACCGAUUGCUGGCUACUGGAAUGCAAUGAAGGAGAUUAGCACGAAUUUGUUUGCUAAAGGGCACCGACUCCUAAAGUCAAUUAGUGCACCACACAGCGAAGUGAACUAUGAAAACCUGGUAGAAACGCCGAUCCUAUCACGCAGAACAGCCACAACGGAGUGGAUCGCACGACCGAUUGGGGAUGGAAUGGUUGCGAGAUCGGGGGGUGACACGCCCGGAUGGCUGUUCAAUUAG